AGUGGUUCCCCGAAGAUGACCCCCCACACUCAUAGGGGUGCCGCAAACCGCCCAGGCUCACCCCCCGCCUCCCAGGCCGCUCCCCGCGGGCUGCGUGGCGGAGCUGCGGGGCGGGCCCGACACCCAGCGCGUCCCGCCCGCCACGCCACCGCCCCCAGGCGGAAGCGGCGAUCGGCCAUGGGGCGGCCGUGGGGCCCGUGGGUGCUGCCGCUCGGGCUCCUGCAGCUGCUGGGCGGCCCCGCCGCCGCUGCCUGCCCCUGCCGGGACCCGCAGCUCUGCCACCCCGUCGCGGGCACCGGCGGCUUCGAGGUCUUUGUGUUCGAUGUGGGGAAGGAAGCCUGGAAAUCCUAUAACUGGUCCAGAAUUACAACUGUGGCAGCUUUCGGGAAGUACGAUCCCGAGCUGAUGUGCUAUGCUCACUCUAAAGGCUCCAGGAUAGUACUGAAAGGUGAUGUACCUCUUAAGGAAAUUGUUGAUCCUGCUAAAAGAGCAGCAUGGAUAUCUCAGCAGGUGGACCUUGCAAAAAGACAGUACAUGGAUGGAAUUAACAUAGAUAUAGAGCAAGAAGUUAAUGAAACCUCCCCUGAGUAUUACGCAUUAACAGAGCUUGUUAGAGAAACUACAGAUACUUUUCACAGAGAAAUUCCAGGAUCACAGGUGACAUUUGACGUGGCUUGGUCUCCGGCAUGCAUAGAUAAAAGGUGCUACAACUACACGGGGAUUGCAGAUGCCUGUGACUUCUUAUUUGUGAUGUCAUAUGAUGAGCAGAGCCAGAUCUGGACAGACUGUAUUGCAAAAGCCAAUGCUCCUUACCUGCAGACUUUAGUUGGAUAUGAAGAGUACAUUACUAUGGGUAUUGAUCCUAAGAAGCUUGUGAUGGGCAUCCCCUGGUAUGGCUAUGACUAUGUCUGCCAAAACCUAUCUAAGGAUCACGUUUGUCACCUUCCCGAAGUACCUUUCCGUGGGGCUCCUUGCAGUGAUGCUGCCGGGCGUCAGGUGCCCUAUGGAGCAAUCAUGAAGCAGGUGAACAGUUCUCUGUCAGGAGUGCUGUGGGAUGAGCUACAGAAAGCUCCAUUUUAUGAAUACAAGGAUUCUCUUGGUCACUUCCACCAAGUAUGGUAUGAUGACCCUCGCAGCAUCUCUCUAAAAGCAGCGUAUGUGAAAAAUCGAGGUUUAAGGGGCAUUGGCAUGUGGAAUGGAAAUAGUCUUGACUAUUCCAGGGAAGCUGUAGCAGAACAACAAACUGAAGCAAUGUGGCAAGCCCUGAUACCAUAAGAACUAUGUGAACCCUUGAUUUAGAAUGAUGAAAAUCAGUAAUUUUUUAUUAUGGCUUAUAUUAUCAAAGAUUUUAAGUUUAUAUAAAUAUGCCAUGAAUACAAAAGCUUUGAGAACUAGCCAAAUCCAUUUUAUUGUUUUGUAUGCAAAGCCAUAUUCUCAUUCUACAAAAAGUUCCAGUGUUGCUGUAGCAGCAUUUUCUUUAAAAAACUGCGCAUGAUUUUUGUUUUUCACAACUACUAGAAGCUGGUUAAAGCUUGAAGCCAGAGUGUGUCUGGUAACAAGUCCAAGUGGAGAUUUACAGGGGCAGUCUCACAAUGAUCCUUUGCUAAGGCUGCUGGUGCAGAUUGUUGGUUACUUGCAACCUGGUGAAACUUGUGCUUGUACUUGGUUACCCUUCUAGAGAUUGAAAUGUUUUAUAGACUGAAGAAAUUAUGUAACAUGAAGUAGUUGCCAUUAAGAUUUUUAUCAGACUUGUUAGAAAGGAUUAUUCAAUAAAGUCCAGUUUCACCAUGUUUUUGUAUCACCUAAAUUCCUUAGUUUCCAAAGCCCAAAAUCUUAGACCUUAUCUGGAAGAGGGAACAUCACUAUGGAGAGGACGUGGAUGAUGUUUUCUUCCAUUUCAAAUUUCUGUACUUCCUGAAAACUUGAACUCAGAAGCUUAUUUAAUGAACACACACUUUAAGACUUGUUCAGUAGCCUGUUGUUUGGUUUUAUGUGGUGUUCCCUCCGAGAUAAUAUGAGGUUGUAUUUUCUUUCUAGUUCAUAUUUUUUAGAAAAUCAUUUGCCUAGAGAAAAUGCAUAACUUCUUUUUAAAGUAUCUGUAGCGAUGGAAAGAUUUACUGGUCUUUACAGGAUAUCUUUUGUUAAAUAAAAUGCUAUCAUC